AUAUGAAUUUCGAAUGUUUAUUAAUUUCCGUCCUUAUCUUUUCAAUUAUGAAAAUGCUGGACAAGGAAUAUCAGUUCGAGUAUACACUUGGCAUCUUAUUGAUGAAGUUUUUCUCAAAGAAAUUUUUACAGAAUGGAAUUAUCGAAAAUCUCCCUAGCUUGGAUAUUGGUCGUUUCUUUCAGUUCCUGCUCUGGACUUGAUAAUGGCCUUGCAUUAACGCCACCAAUGGGUUGGAUGCACUGGCAGAGGUAUCGAUGUGUAGUCGAUUGUGAAUUGUAUCCGGAUGAUUGUAUAAGUGAGAAACUAUUCAAGAAAACAGCUGAUCUCAUGGUAUCCGAUGGAUACUUGGAUGCUGGAUAUGAAUAUGUGAUGAUAGAUGAUUGUUGGAUGUCCUUUGAAAGAGAUCCGAAAACGUUGCGAUUACAGCCUAACGCCACAAGAUUUCCUUCUGGUAUGAAGGCAUUAUCAAAAUAUAUACAUAGUAAGGGCUUGAAAUUUGGAAUUUAUGCUGAUUAUGGAACUCAUACUUGCGGAGGUUACCCAGGAAGUUUAAAUUACUUGGACAUUGAUGCUCAAACAUUUGCUGACUGGGAUGUAGACUAUUUGAAAUUCGACGGCUGUUAUGUGGAUAUUGAUGAAAUGGAAGACGGAUAUGCCGCAAUGAGCAAAUUUCUUAAUAAAACUGGAAGGCCCAUUGUUUUCUCGUGCAGCUGGCCAGCGUAUAUGGAACCAAGCGGAAUAAGACCCAACUAUACAGCAUUGGCGCAACACUGCAAUUUAUGGAGAAACUGGGAUGAUAUCGACGAUUCCUGGCAGAGUGUUAGCAGCAUAAUGAAGUGGUUUGGUAAGAAUCAAGACAGAUUUGCUACGAUGGCUGGGCCAGGUCAUUGGAAUGAUCCAGAUAUGUUGCUGGUUGGAAACUUCGGCUUGAGCUUCGAGCAAAGCAAAUCCCAACUGAGCGUUUGGGCUAUAUUAGCUGCACCUUUAAUCAUGUCAGUUGAUUUGAAAGAAAUAAGGCCGGAGUUACGUGAACUCUUGCUCAACAAAGAUGUUAUAGAAAUAAACCAAGAUGCGUUGGGAAAACAAGGAAGUCUAGUAUUAGAGAAAAAUAAUAUAAGUAUAUGGGUGCGUGAGCUCACACCAGUUUUCGAAAAUUAUUCAUCUUAUGCGAUUGCCUUUGUCAGUCAGCGGACUGAUGGCUAUCCCUAUAGAGUUGCUGUGAAACCAAGUAAACUAGGAUUAUUGAAUGCAGACGGUUAUUUUCUACAGGACGUAUUUGAUCAUACAGAGAGGCCAAUAACUAGACCAGAAGACGAUAUUGUGGUUAGGGUUAAGCCUUCAGGGGCCGUUUUACUCAGAGCCAAACCCAUAGUGGAUACCAAUUCUGUGUGAUGAAAUUUAAAUUCUAACAUGAUGUACCUAAGUGGCUUUCGAAGAAUCGAAGUAUGAUAUUAUUGCAAACAUAUAUUUUUUUUCAAUA